AUGGAGCCCAUCGCCAUCGUCGGGCUGUCGUACAAGCUACCGGAAGGUGAUAAUGAGGAUCACAGCUUCUGGGACAAUCUUCAAAGAGGCAGAAGCCUCAGUCGUCCGUGGCCUAAGUACCGAGGCAACAUCGAUGCAUUCUACAGCUCCAACGUAGCGAUGGAUAAUACGGUAUACUCCACGAAUGCUCACUUUGUCAAAGAAGAUCCUGCCGCCUUUGAUGCAGCCUUCUUCUCCAUAACCUCGAAAGAGGCCGCAUCGAUGGAUCCUCAGCAGAGAUGGCUACUGGAAACUUCAUACAAAGCACUGGAGAAUGCUGGAAUUCCACCAGAAACCCUUGCUGGAUCACAGACGGCAGUUUUCGCUGCUUCCAUGUCCGAUGACUACAGCAGAAUCUUGGCUAGAGACCCCGACGAAGCACCGACCAAUACCGCGACGGGUACUUCGCCUUCUAUCCUAGCCAAUAGGCUUAGCUGGUACUUCGACUUCAAAGGGCCUAGCAUCCAACUGAACACGGCAUGCUCGACAAGCAUGAUUGCGAUGGAUUUGGCUUGUCAUUCGCUUCGUAGCGGCCAGAGCUCAAUGGUAACGCUGCCCUACGAGAUCGCUCUUCUUGCUGGAGCGAACGUCCUCCUCAGCGUCGAAAUCUCGCUUUACCUAUCGAACAUGCAGAUGCUCUCACCAGACGGCGUCUCCUAUAGCUUCGAUCACCGUGCUAAUGGCUACGCCCGUGGAGAAGGUGCGGUAGUGCUGGUACUCAAGAGGCUUUCGGACGCGAUUCGAGAUUCAGAUGUCAUACGUGCCGUAGUUCGAGCGACUGGCUCAAACCAGGAUGGACGCACACCAGGCAUCACGCAGCCCAGCGCGGAAUCGCAAGAGCAGUUGAUAAGACACGUUUAUAAGAGCUGCAACUUGGGAUUUGAGUCUACGCGAUACGUCGAAGCUCAUGGAACUGGUACUCAGCUCGGAGAUGCCACGGAGAUGAAGGCGAUAGGCAGGGCCUUCCGGGCUAGCCGAUCACAAAAACACCCGCUAUAUGUUGGAUCCGUCAAAUCUAAUAUAGGCCAUCUCGAAGGCUGUAGCGGACUAGCUGGAAUUCUCAAGUCUAUCAUGAUAUUGGAAAUGGGCGUCAUACCACCGAGCGCACUCUUCGAGAAGAUCAGUCCAAAGAUCAACGCCAAGAUCUACAAUGUUGAGGUACCCACGAAAUGCAUCCCAUGGCCGACCAAUGGGCUGCGUCGCAUCUCAGUCAACUCCUUCGGUUUCGGCGGUUCCAACGGACAUGUCAUACUGGACGAUGCAUAUCACACUCUUGAGUCCAUGAAUCUACAAAGCUUCCACAAUACAUUGGUUCCCUCGACUCUGCAGAAGCCACAAACGAAUGGCAACACUCCAAAUGGGAACUUGAAUGGCACAAACGAUCACGACCAUGCCAGCGAGUAUGGGGUGACUGUCGAUCCUGCUCAUAUGAAUGGCUCGACAACCGUGAUUACUACUCAAAGUGUCAAGGCACCGGAAGGGAGUGUCCAGCUACUCGUCUGGUCUGCGAGGGACGAAGCUGCGUUACGACUCGUAAUACAGCAGUAUACAGAUUACUUCGACAAGCGCGUAUUAGGGCACGAAGAGAAACUACGUCGCCUCGCGUAUACUCUGUCCUCUCGUAGGAGUGUCAUGGCGUGGAAGGCAUACGCAGUCGUUGAUCCCGGCGAGAAGUCCACGACCAUUAGCGCUGCUACCUCGACCCUCAUACGUUCAGCUCGGGAGGCUGGCAUGGCAUGGAUAUUCACUGGCCAAGACGAGAUGGAGCACGGGAACAACAUCAAUCAGCCCUGUUUCAGCCAGCCCCUCUGCACUGCUCUCCAGAUAGCGCUUGUGGAACUGCUAAGAAGCUUCAGUAUUGCGCCACUUGCAGUGGUUGGCCACUCCUCUGGCGAGAUCGCCGCGGCGUACUGUAUCGGUGCUUUGUCACUUGAGUCCGCAUGUAAAGUCGCCUACCAUAGAGGAAGACAGGCUAAUCAGCUUAUGGAAUCUUUACCUCGUCCCGGAGCCAUGAUGUCAGUCAAUCUUCCUGAAAGUGGCGUUUCAGGAUACCUGGCCAAGGCUUCUCUCUCUGGAAAUAUCCACGUUGCUUGCGUCAACAGCCCUUUCAACGUAACAUUAUCUGGCGAUGAGGCCAGCAUCGACACCUUGAAAGAUCGGCUGGAUGAAGACGGCAUAUUCGCGCAGAAAGUGAGAACGGGCGUAGCUUACCAUUCUCCUGCUAUGCAUGACAUCUCCGCGGAGUAUUACUCGUCGAUGGGUCCACUCGAACGAGGCGAGCAACAAGGCUCGAUCUUCAUGGUUUCCUCUGUGACUGGCACAGUAGUUGAUGCCGAUGCCUUGGUCACAGGUACUUACUGGGUCGAUAAUCUUGUCUCCCCCGUCAGAUUUGCGGACGCCCUGCGAUACCUUGCCGUGACAGCACCGAAGCUCGAUCGCAACCACACUAUACAUGACUAUAUCGAAAUCGGACCUCAUGCAGCACUGAAGAGACCUACCACCGAAACACUGGGCCAAUAUACGACCAAGAAGCAAGCUAGGUACAUGUCUUUGUUGUCGAAAUUCGAUUCUUCUCUCAGAUCCACCCUGAUGACAAUCGGGUGCUUGUUUACGUAUGGAUAUGCUCCGUCGAUCGAUGCGGCGAAUCUACAAGAUGCUCAAGCGGAACGCCUGCAGAUACUGGUUGACUUGCCUGAGUACCCUUUCGAUCGUUCGCAGACAUACUGGCACGAGACUCGACUUAGCCGAGACUGGCGGAUGCGCAACAACGCACCAAGAAGCGUUCUCGGCAUAUGUGCUACAGACUGGAAUCCUUCCGAGCCGCGAUGGCGAAAGAUGCUUAGUCUAGAAGAGACUCCUUGGCUUGCAGACCACGUCGUAGGUGACCAGGCGCUUUUCCCGGCCACCGGGAUGAUCAUGAUGGCUCUAGAAGCCGUAAAACAGCACUUUCAGGCCGACCAAGUCAUCUUGGGCUACAAUAUCAAAGAAGCAACCUUCAUGAAUCCCAUUGUCGUUAGCUCUGAGCCUAAUAGCAAGACAGAAGUGGUCACUCAGCUACGCCCGCUUCGUCAGGACUACGAGAAGACGUCGACACGUUCAGAAGUUCGUAUUUUCGCUCGACCAGAUAGCGAGUGGAUUGAGUGUGUCCGAGCUGAAGUGCAUGUGGACUACGAAGAGACUGCCACCGAAGUAGACUGCGGUCUUGAAGCCAGAGCUCACGCUAAGGCAUUGCUCGAUAGCUACGUUGCCGCGGAAGAACAAUGCACGCUUCCUAUAAGCAAGACGACCUUCUAUGACUGGCACAAGAACCAAGGUCUCAAAUACGGCGAAGCGUUUGCGUUGGCAGACAAUAUCCAUUGGGAUGGCGACGAGCUCGGUAUUGCGAGCGUCGACGUUAGCGCGCCCAUGCAUUUUUACGAAGGGGUCGUGCACCCAGCAGUACUUGAUGCAGCCUGCCAGGUCUGCUUUACUGCGCCGUCUACUGGCAUGUCAGACAAAUUACCGACGAUUAUUCCUCACAAAGUCUAUGAUACCUGGAUAUCAGCAUCUGGGUGGCAACACCCUCAAACUCGCCACAUUAGAAUGCUCACGACAUCAAGGUUCAAGAGGACGAUUAAAGGUAUCGAGAGCUCCUUCACGGCGCUUGCAGAUGACGGAUCACCGCUUUGUCAUGUAUCGCGUCUAGAGAUGUCGCCAGUGCUCGGCGCUGAAACGAAGAGCGAAGUGGAAAGGAAACUGCUACAUGGCUUUGACUGGAAGCCGCAGCUAUCGCUCAUGAAGCCAAGCCAGCUCCAGGUGUAUUGCGAAGCUGAUUACCUCGCGGAUGAUGAAUCAAUGCACGUCAAAUUCAUCCUCGAACUUGAGCAGACGAUUCGCACUGUUGUUCACCGCAACCUCGACCGGCUGGAAGACACGGACUGGUCUACAGCACCAACACACAUGAAGAAAUACCUGUCAUGGCUCAAGCUACACCUUGAGCACGUACCGAUACUGUCGCAAGCAGAGCUCGCGGAUGAAGAGCUAAACGAUAAGCUCUAUCAUCUGAGUACGCAAUUCCCGGACUGGAGAAUGUUCAUCGAGAUAGCAGAGCACAUUGUCCCCAUCGUACGCGGCGACAUCAAUGCGCUCGAGCUGCUUUUCUCCACGACUCUCGCCCAAGACAUAUACAAGGCUAUGUUCGCGCCAGUUUACAAUGAUAAGUUCAUCUCGUACCUCAGCCUAGUGGCACACGAGAACCCAACACAGAAGAUCCUUGAGGUUGGUUCAGGGACAGGCGCUAUGACGGAUCACAUCAUUUCCACUCUUCGCGACGUCGAGACCCGUACCGGCGGUACAGCAUUCUCUAGCUACACCUACACAGACGUCUCCCCAGGCUUCUUCGAGAAGGCACGCGAAAAGUUCUCUCACAUCCAGGAUCGCAUGGUCUUCAAGACUUUUGAUAUCGAAAGCGACGUCACAAAGCAAGGAUUCCAAUCCGGUACUUACGACGUAAUCCUCGCCGGUAGUGUCAUCCAUGCCACGAAGAACCUCGCCCUCACACUCCAGAAUCUGAGACGUGCGUUGAAGCCCGGAGGCAAACUCAUUUUCCAUGAGACUACGGCGCCAGACUGCUUCCUCAUGAACUUUGGCUUUGGCAUACUGCCUGGCUGGUGGCUCAGCGAAGAGAAGUUCCGUACUUCCGGACCUACCAUCACAGAACCGGAGUGGGAUCGCUUGCUACGGGAAAACGGGUUCUCGGGCAACGACUUCGUUAUUCGCGAUUAUGAGGAGCCUGCUGCGCAUCAAUGCAGCGUAAUCUUUUCCACUGCUGACGAAGACCUCCAACCCACGCAAAGAAGUGGUAGAAUACUGUUCGUUGUCAACGAUGCCAACCAGUCUCACUAUGGUUUGGGUACCCAACUCUUGCAGCAAAAGCCCUCAACAUUCCGUACGACAACAAGGAUAUGCCUAUUUACACAGGUUGGCGUUGCCGAAGUGUCUAAAGAAGACAUCGUCGUCUUCCUCGCUGAUAUAAGUGGGGAUAUCUUGAUGUCCACAUCAGCUGAAGCAUUACAACUCAUCCGGGAAUGGGUGCAUGCAUCCGAGAAUCUCUUGUGGGUCUCUUCUGCUGUGCUUCCCAACAACACCGACUGCUCUCCUUAUCCCUGUGCUAGUCUUAAGGAUGGCUUUCUUCGGGCCAUGCGGCUAGAGUUCGCUAACAAGCGUAUCGUAACGCUCUCGAUUGAGGAUGCAGUCCGCGACUGGAUCAGCGGAUGCGAUGCCAUCUGGGAUGUCCUUGACGUAAUGUCCUCAGCGCAGUCGCCAGAACUCGAGUACGUGCUUCGCGAUGGCCACAUGCUGACCGGGCGGCUCGUAGAAGAGAAGGAUCUGAACGUGGACUUGAACUCAUUGGUCAAGCCACAGAUGCGGACAGAACCCUGGCUUCCCGGUCCACCACUCAAGAUCGAGAUUGGAAGCAGAGGCUCUCUCGAAACAUUGCAUUUCGCAGAAGAUACUGAACAUCAUGCUCCCCUCGGAGACCGAGAGGUCGAGAUUGAAGCCAAAGCGUGGGGCCUGAAUUUCCGCGAUAUGUUCCAGGCGCUCGGUCGGCUGGAAGAAGAUACCUUCGGCUCUGACUGCGCUGGUAUAGUCACGCGCGUAGGCUUCGCUUGUACACAGUUUAAACCAGGAGACAGAGUUUGCAUUUGCGGUGUCGGAUGCAUGCGAAUGUUGCCUCGCGCUGACGAAUGGGCUACCGUUGCGAUUCCAGAGGCCGUCUCGUUCGAAGAAGCGUGCGCAGUGCUAAACUGUGGCAUAACAGCCUAUUACUCCCUGGCCGAAGUUGCGAGAUUGCAAAAAGGAGAAAAGAUUCUGAUACAUGCUGCAUCUGGCGCGACUGGUCAGCUUGCUAUCCAAAUUGCCAAAUUGAUCGGCGCUGAAAUAUUCGUGACCGUAGGCUUCGACUUCAAGAAGCAGCAUCUCAUCGACCUGUAUGGGAUUCCUUCCGACCACAUCUUUUACAGUCGAAACACGACUUUCGCGAAAGGCAUCAUGCGUCUCACAAAUGGGUACGGCGUUGACGUCGUGCUGAAUUCUCUUGUGGGAGAGGGACUGCGUGCCUCGUGGGAAUGCGUUGCACCAUAUGGCAGAUUUGUUGAGAUUGGCAAAGCUGACAUCAACGCCAAUUCCUCACUUCCAAUGGCGGCUUUUGCAAACAAUGUCUCGUUCUUCGCGGUUGAUCUGCGCCAUAUCGCUUUGAAUCGCAAGCAGAUGGGACGGGACUUACUCCACAAGACGAUGGAUCUUGUCGGAGAAGGGAACAUACACUGUCCGAGGCCAUUGAACCUUUUCCCGGUGUCAGACGUUGAGGGCGCGUUUAGGUAUCUCCAGAGUGGGAAGAAUACUGGACGCAUCAUCAUCCAAAUCGAUCCUUCUGCAAAAGUGCAGAACGCCAGCUAUGUCGUUGCCGGAGGACUGGGUGGCAUCGGGAGAUCCAUACUCAGAUGGGUGGCCUCUAGGGGCGCGCGACAUCUGAUCGUACCAUCGAGGUCUGGUACUGCUUCGGGAGCUGCUGUUGAACUGGUGAGCGAACUAGCGGAGCUGGGCAUCAACGUGUGCACCCCGAAGUGUGAUGCAUCCAAUGCAGAGUCGCUCUCUGAUCUUCUCGCUGCAUGCGCAAAGUCUAUGCCGCCAAUUCGAGGUUGCAUCAACGCCACCAUGAUGCUGAAUGACGCGACAUUCGACAACAUGAGUCACACUCAGUGGGUUCAGACUAUCCGUUCCAAAGCCCACACUUCAUGGAAUCUCCACACCGUGCUUCCUCGAGAUCUGGAUUUCUUCAUCAUGUUAUCGUCGGUGGCAGGCGUCGCAGGCAACAUUGGUCAGUCCAACUAUGCAGCAGGCUGCACCUUCCAAGACGCACUCGCACGUCAUCGAGUCCAGCACCAGCAGCGCGCAACGUCCAUUGACCUGGGUGUCAUGCGCACCAUCGGCAUCGUCGCGGAGACUGAACGCUUACACGAGAACUUCAAAAAGUCCGGCAGUCUCGGUCAGAUUGAAGAAGAUGAGUUCCUAGCGGUGUUGACCAUAUACUGUGACCCAGAACAUACGAAGAUGCCGAUGACAAUAGACAAGAGUCAGAUCGCCAUGGGUCUAGUAACUCCCGUUGAUCUGAUCGAACGCAAUUUGGAACCAGCUGAGGUGUUGCAGCGCCCACUCUUCGCAUCCUUCUCGCAAGCCCGUGGCACAAACCAGUCCAACACACAGAGUAGCGUCAGUGCCGCUACGCUGUUCAAUCUUGCGGAGGACGAUGAGCAGCGAGUAGCAGUAGUCCUCGAGGCGCUGGCGCGCAAGCUCGCCCGCGCACUGUCCAUCCCUCCAGAGGAGAUUGACGUCAAUAAACCCCUUCACGCUUUCGGGGUGGAUUCACUUGUCGCAGUCGAGCUGCGCAACUGGAUUGGCAAGGAGUUUGCUGCGGACAUUGCGGUUUUCGAUAUCAUGCGCGGUAGGACCGUGGCCGCAAUCGGGGAGCUGAUCACGAAGAUGAGUCAACUCAAGCGGACGAAGAAAACUGUGGCCAGUCUUGAGGCAGAUGCAUGA